AUUGAUACUCCUCGAUCCACACUGAGCAAGGAAUUUUCCUAGUUAUCCAUCCGCCAAGUCAGAAUUCCAACUGUUUGCGUCUAGGCACACGCGUACAUUCCCGUUCAGACCAUCGCAGAUCUAUCUUCAUAUCCUUGGAAGGGUUAUAGUCCAAGACACAAUGCUGUAAAGACAUCGAGGUUUAGAUGAUCGUCGUUAACUGGUAUGGGGGAGCGAGAAUUGGAUUUGUCUCAGUCACAGUGACCCAUAACUCAAGAAUUUGGUAGGGGUUCGCAGCCAUUCAUGUACUAAACUUGAAAAGAAAAAGAGAGAGAGGAGUCUCCACCUCAAGCUAUAAAUCUCGUCUCAAUCCCCUGCUAGAUUUAUCCUUCAUCAUCAAACAUUCAUUCGUUCAUCAAAGCAAUCCUUCUCUGCCUCUCUCUCUAAACACUCGUUUAUAUACAAGUACUCUCGUACAAGCUUCCAAGUACCUUUCAAAAUGAAGUUCGCUGUCGCUGCUAUCCUUGGCUUCGCCAUGACUGCCGUUGCUAUUCCGGCCGCUAAGGGAAGCCAGCAGAAGCUGUCCAUCGACGACGCUUCCGGCCAAUGCUCGAUUGGGGACAUCUACUGCUGCAAUCCCGACAACAAAGAAGACUCCGACGGUGUUCUGACCAAUGCACUCAGGGAGGGACUUCUUAUUGGAAGUCUCGUCAAUGGCAAGGGAUCUGCCUGUGCUCCCACUUCGCUCAUCGAGGAUCUCGAUCUGCUUGCCUUCUUCGAAAAGGGUCAGGAUGGCGACAAGUCCUACUGCAAGAACACCAUUGCCUGCUGCCCCAAUGGAAGCUGCGCGGCCCUUGACGGAUACUAAGGAGCCCCAUGAUCAGCUUUGCUGGCCUCGUGCAAAUAACGCAGGCCCAACGGCAACAAUUCGUUUGGGAUCAAGCUUCGUGGAGCUUUCAUCAGCUCCAGCCGCUAAUCAAUUUCGUGUUAAUGGCCCAAGCGUCCUAGACGUUGAUCGGCCGAUGUACUUUUGGCUUCUGUGUCUCUUUAGACUAGAGUUUAGUUUAGCUUAAUAAAAAGAAAGGGGUUUGUCCGUUUCGCACACAAGAUUAACAGGAUUCUAGCCUUUUCAGUGUAUCGAUAGAUUUAGUACGCCUUCUAGUUUGCGGACACAGAAGCCCCUUUGUAUAGGUCGG